UCCUUCCUUCUCUUAAUACAAACCCCGUGAUCAUCCAUUCACCGGUGCCUGGCGUUCGCGGCUUUAAGCGGGGAGGGGAACUAUAAGCCGAGCCGGAGCCAGAGAGAGAGAGAGGUGGGAAAAGUAGCCGGGAGGCAGGCUGGCAGACAGACAGGUGUCGCGGAAGUUUACGCUCGCCGCGCGGCGCAUCCCUCCGCGUCUCUCGGUCAGUAUCUGGAACAAGGAGGCUGCGACUGGCGGUCAUCGGGCUCCCGCUGAUCCCGUGGUUGUCCCAGCCUCGGCCCCCGGAGCACCGACACCUGCGACUCUUCUGCUCCUCCUCUCUUUGACCAGCGGCAGCUCAGAGUGGCAAGGCCGGGGACCAUGGGACGCAAGCUGGACCUGUCGGGCCUAACAGACGACGAGGCAGAGCACGUGCUGAAAGUGGUUCAGCGUGACAUGAAGCUGCGAAAGAAGGAGGAGGAGAGGCUGAGUGAAAUGAAGCAGGAGCUCGCAGAGGAAGGCAGCAGAUGCUCCAUCCUUUCCAAGCAGCAGCGUUUCAACGAGCACUGCUGCAUCCGCUGCUGCUCGCCCUUCACCUUCCUGUUCAACCCCAGACGUCAGUGCCUGGACUGCCAGUACAACGUGUGCAAGACCUGCUGCACCUACAGCAAGAGGGACAGAGGCUGGCUGUGCUCAGCGUGCCAGAAGGGCAGCGCUCGCAGAGGCACGGCCAUGCUGCUCGCAACUGUGAACCAUCAAGGGAAAGCAGAUUUGUAA